GGGCGGUGGGUGAAGCCCGCGCGCCCCGGCGGUCGCACUUGGGCGUCUUCCGAGGAGAUCCCUGCGCCUGGACUUUGCCUGCUAGGGGAGUUUUAUGAACAGCUCCGCAGCUAGGCGCCCAGCGGAGGUGCAGACCGCCGCGGCGCACCCCCGCCCCCUGUCCUUGCACGUGACUCCCGCGGGCCAGUCAGCGCCGGCGAGCGGGAGCGCAGGGACGAGGGGAUCCGCGCCGCGAGCUGGGGGACUCCGAGGCGGCCGGCAGGGAGGCUGCGAGAGCUCCGCCACCGCCGAAGCUCCCGCGGCGCCCAGGGAAGCGCGCGCCGGCCUCCAGGAAGCUCGAGCCGCAGACGCGGCUGCAUCUCGGAGGAAAGGAGCCAGCCCGGCCCUCGGCCUUGGAGCCAGCCUCCCGCACCCUGCACCACAGGCCGGGGUGUCCUGAAGACGGCGGUGCCGCGCAGCGACAGGCCAGGCCGCGUGACCCCGCCUGGAGCCCCGUGCCCGCGCCCGGGCGCUACCCCGCGUCUUCGCGACCUCCAGUCCCUGCAGUGGAUUCGGCCCCUCCUCCACCACCUCCGGGAACAACCGCAAAUUCAGUUUGGGAUUUUCCUGAGUAAACCAGAGCCUAGAGUCUUUGGCUCAAUGCUGGAUUUAAUACGUAUAUAUUUUUGAAGGAUUCGUGUGUUUUUUUUUUUAACCUUUGAUUUUUGAUCUUCAUUUUUGUGACAGCCCCUCACUUGUACAUUAUUCGUCUUUUUAUUUUUGUAUUAUUAUUUUCUCUCCCCGCACUGCUCCUUGUCCUGAGGACUCGGACGCAGCGAGCGCGCGGGGCGAUGUACCAGAGCCUGGCCAUGGCCGCCAACCACGGCCCCCCUCCGGGCCCCUACGAGGCGGGCGGCCCGGGCGCCUUCAUGCACGGCGCAGGCGCCGCGUCCUCGCCGGUCUACGUGCCCACGCCGCGGGUGCCCUCCUCCGUGCUCGGCCUGUCCUACCUCCAGGGCGGAGGCGGGGGCACCGUGUCCGGGGCCGCCUCGGGCGGCAGCUCAGGGGCCGCGCCGUCGGGCGCAGGGCCCGGGACCCAGCAGGGCAGCCCGGGCUGGAGCCAGGCGGGAGCCGAGGGAGCCGCCUACACCCCGCCGCCAGUGUCGCCGCGCUUCUCCUUCCCGGGCACCACCGGGUCCCUGGCCGCUGCCGCCGCCGCCGCUGCGGCCCGGGAAGCCGCGGCCUACGGCAGUGGCGGCGGGGCGGCGGGCGCCGGCCUGGCGGGCCGCGAGCAGUACGGGCGAGCCGGCUUCGCGGGCUCCUACUCCAGCCCCUACCCCGCCUACAUGGCCGACGUGGGCGCGUCCUGGGCCGCGGCUGCCGCGGCCUCUGCCGGUCCCUUCGACAGCCCGGUUCUGCACAGCCUGCCCGGCCGGGCCAACCCUGCAACCCGACACCCCAAUCUCGUAGAUAUGUUUGACGACUUCUCAGAAGGCAGAGAAUGUGUCAACUGCGGGGCCAUGUCCACCCCGCUGUGGCGGCGGGAUGGGACGGGACACUACCUGUGCAACGCCUGCGGCCUCUACCACAAGAUGAACGGCAUCAACCGGCCCCUCAUCAAGCCCCAGCGCCGCCUGUCCGCCUCCCGCCGAGUGGGCCUCUCCUGCGCCAACUGCCAGACUACCACCACCACUCUGUGGCGCCGCAACGCCGAGGGCGAACCCGUGUGCAACGCCUGCGGCCUCUACAUGAAGCUCCACGGCGUCCCCAGGCCUCUUGCGAUGCGGAAAGAGGGGAUUCAAACCAGAAAACGGAAGCCCAAGAACCUUAACAAAUCGAAGACACCAGCAGGUCCCUCGGGCAGUGAGAGCCUCCCUCCCACCACCAGCGCUUCCACCGGCAGCAGCGCAGAAGAGAUGCGUCCCAUCAAGACAGAGCCUGGGCUCUCAUCCCACUAUGGGCACGGCAGCUCCCUGUCGCAGACGUUCUCGGUCAGCGCGAUGUCCGGCCACGGGUCCUCCAUCCACCCAGUCCUCUCGGCCCUGAAGCUCUCUCCGCAAGGUUAUGCGUCUUCUGUCAACCAGUCACCGCAGGCCAGCUCCAAGCAGGACCCUUGGAACAGCCUGGCCUUGGCUGACAGUCACGGGGACAUAAUCACUGCAUAAUGUCACCUCCUUCCCUCCUUGGAUUCCUGCAUGGACUUGGGACUCGGAGGACAGCAGAGAUGAGGCUCUGGGCUCCCGGGGGCCGGCCUGCUCUGUCUGGGAAUGACUCCAGACAACAACUGGGAAGAAACUUGAAGUCAAUGAUUUGGUUAGGGGAGCGGGCGCUGGAUUUUAUUGGAUAGCUUUGCAAGGUGGGGGACUGGAGAGAGCGCAGACUCUGAUCUGGAAGAGACCCCCCCCCUUCGCUAGAUCACACUUAAGCCCCUUCCACGGAGUUGCAGACUCUUUCUCAUUUUCUGCCUCACCACCCCUGACAAGAGACGAGAUGUCCUUCUCCCUUGUCUUUCCACCGCUGUGGCCCAGAAUGGUGGUUUUUCCACGGUGUUCCCGGCACGGGGGAUCCGAGGGCA